UAUAUAAUAUCAUUGACAGUAGUAUUUUAGGUUCAAUCUGAUGCAUUGUUUAGGGGAAAGUUUCUGGUAUAAAUUUGCUUCAUGUCAAUUAAGCCACACAUAACACAUAAAAAGGUGGAUCAUAUACACAUGAAAUCCUCUUUUUCUAUGUAAUUUGGUUUAUGUGAACGGUGGCAUAUGUCAUAAUCUACCCAUAUCCUUGUAAAGGGUAUAUUUGGCUAGGAUAUGUUUUAGGUUCUCGAUAUUGUUGUAGUGCUAGAGUUUGAGCUACAAUGUGGAAUGGAAUUUUGUGGCUUGUGUCUUGUGUAUUAUUCAGCCUUUGUUGUUAUGACAUGGUUAUAUUUGUGCCUAGUUAUCUGGAAAAUGGAAAGAUGCUGAUUUUGUUUGCAUGAUCAGGCUUAAAUUGGUUCUAGCAACCUUGUCAGGAUGCUGAUACUGAUGCACUGAAUGCAGCAGCAUCACUGUUGUAAGGUUCUCCCAUUAGAAAGAGUCAAAAAGCUAAAAAACCAAAGUGGCAAGGAACUUUUUAAAGUGCUAAAAAUUGGAAGUUGUUGAAACUUGGGCUUGGCUAUCAAGUCAUUGAAACUGGCAAGUGCAGUCAGCACAAUUAAGUCUGAGAGGGCAGGGCAGGACAAGUUAUAUGUAAGGCUGAGAGUCUUAGAUAGGAAAACAUCAGAUGAGGUGUACAAAGUUGGUAGUAUAGAUAACAGAAAUGCUAUCCCUUCAUGAUCCAACAGAUGAGUUGUCAGAGCACAUUCAGGAACUAUGUUCUUAUACAAGCCAUGAGCCUACCAAUACAGAUGAGUUGAUCCAAGGUUCUUCAAAGCGUUCGAGACAACUCACGUCAUUGAUUUGGAAGGAAUUUGAUAUAUUGUAUGUUGAACCAGAUGGUUCACAAAGAGCACAAUGUAAAUGGUGCAAGCGUGAUUAUGCAUGUGGUGGAACAACCGGAACAAGCAACUUAUGGCGUCAUCUUUCAAAUGGAGUAACAGCUUCUGAAGAUGAAGAAGAUAGAGAAAGACUGAGUAUUGACUUUGCACCUUUAGUUGCUAAACUUACUAACCUUCAUGUUGGCGGAUUCCAACAAUGAGCUGGAGGAGUUUUAUGCUAUGCUAUGCAGUUGUACGAAGCUUGUGCUUGUUAAGUAUCUUGAUAGAGUAGCUAGUUGUGGGAAUUCAAGUAGCUAUUGUUUAUUCUCGUACUGAAGGUUGGCAAGAAGUUUUGGCCAU